UAUUAAAUUAAAAUUAGGCAUAAAAUUCUAUCGUUACUUUGGUUUAAUUUUGCGCUAUACUAUAAUUUUUGUGUUAAUCGGUAUUUUUUGUAUAAGUUUGAAGUUAACACAUAGUAAAUAUAAAAAUGCCCGAAGAACACCAGCUAUUCACAAAUUGAAUCAGAGAGUACGUAUCCUCUGCAUGAUCAUGACAACAGGCUAUCGUCACAAUUUAGAAGCGGCACGUAUUUAUCGCACAUGGACUCAACGUUGUGAUAAGACUUUGUUUAUGAGUGACGACUUCCAUGAUGAAAUACAACCAGUUAUCAUUAGCAAGAACGAAGAAUGGGGUAAACUUAAGGAAAGCCUCACUUUUGUCUACAAUUAUCACUACCAUAAUGCUGAUUGGUUUCUAAGAGCCGCUGAUGAUAAUUUUGUUAUUCUUGAAAAUCUGCGUUAUUUGCUCUACCCGUACUCCAACAAAACACCAAUAUAUUUUGGCUAUAAACUGAAAAAUAAAGAUGGAGAAGCCUAUAUGAGCAGCAGUGCUGGAUACGUACUGAGCAAAGAAGCUUUGCGAAGAUUUGUUAAAUCAGCCUUACCAAACACUGAAAUUUGUACUCCAGGAGCAAAUGGUAAAGAAAGUGAGGAAUUAGCCAGAUGUUUAAAAAAUGUAGGAGUGCUUGCAGGCGACAGUCGUGCAGAAGAUGGUAGCAAUACGUUCUUUCCUUUCUCAUUAAGCGAUUAUUUGAAAGGACUAAAGCCAGAGGAUCAUAAAUUCCUUUACGAAAAUUCAUUUUACGCUAUGAGAAAUAAAUCAUUUCCGCUCUCAAAAAAGAUGAUAUCAUUUAGUAAUGUACAUCGAGAUGACUUAUAUACACUUGAAUAUUUCAUAUAUAAUAUGAGAGUAUUUGGUCAAAAACGACUACCAGCACAAUUACCAAUAAUUGAAAAUCCUGUAGAAAUAAAAUAA